AUGCUCCUACUCAAAUCAUUCAUCCAGGUGGAAGACGUUGUGUUGGGCGAGGCGACCGUGCGCAAGUGGACCGUGCCAUCCCAGGCCCUGCAGGAGUGCCUCGACCUCAUGGCCGAGCAGCAGCAGGACGAGUUCGGAAAGGGUAUCGUGUCUACGCUGCCGCCUCUCGCGGAAGUCAUCGGCAGCUCGGACCUUGCCCCCGGGGUGUAUGAAGGAGGCUUCAAGCUGUGGGAGGGCGCUGCCGACCUGGUCGCGCACCUCCAGGAGACUGAGAAGGUGCACGGCGUGAGCUACGCCGGGAAGAAGGUGCUCGAGCUGGGCUGCGGGCACGGCGUGCCGGGCAUCUACCUGUGGAAGCAAGGCGCCGAAGUUCACCUUCAAGACUAUAACUCGGAGGUGCUCGAGCUGCUGACGAUCCCGAACGCGCGGCUCAACGCAGCGGAGGAGAACAAGGAGACGAUGGAGCGAGUCGAGUUCUACUCCGGCGACUGGGGCCUGCUCACGGAGCUGCUUCCGCGACACGCCUACGAUGUGAUCCUCACCGCCGAGACCAUCUACAACGUGCAGAGCCUGCCGCGACUCUUUGCCCUCAUCAAGCACUGCCUCAAGCCGCCUCAUGGCGUCUGCUACGUGGCGGCCAAGAACUAUUACUUUUCUGUGGGCGGCGGGUGCCGACAGUUCGAGGAGAUGGUCAAGAAGGACGGCCUGUUCGAGACCACUGUCGAAAAGGUCAUCAAAGAUGGCAGCUCGAACGUGAGGGAGAUCAUCAAGGUGAGCUUUAAGUCCGAGAGCUGA